AUGAGCUUGAUUCAACGCACCGCUAUCCCAAUUAUUGUCCUGCUCGCAGUGGUAGGCGUGGGGGUGGCGAUAUUCACGGCCAGCAGCCCCUUCGCAUCCGGUCAGGAAACGGACAGCUGCGACACCGGGGUUGGUAUUGGAAUCAAAACCCGAAACGAGUCCGGUCAGAACGUAGCCUCUGUACGCCACGGAGACGUCAUCAAUUACGGGGUCACGCUCUCCCUCUUGGAACCCGAGCCAGGAACCACUUACUGUAAUUUUGGUGGCGGCACCUUGACCAUCACCCUGCCCAGCGGCGACGAAGUUGUCGUUGCCGGUAGUGAAGAUACUCCCGCCAUUGAAACUGUCAGCACCGGCAACCCGUUCUUUUCCACGACGGUGAACUACGCCGUUAAUCAGAACGACGGUGUACAGUCCAACCCAGACGAUCUGGAAAAUGACAACGUGGAGCUUACGGUCCGCGCCAGGUACUCCGGCGGUCAUACGGUCAGCUCAACGGGUACGCUGCUUGGCGCCGAAGUCGAAGCGAGCGGCUCUAACUUGGUCCGGAUGGUAGCCCCCUCGGUAGAUAUCGUUAUUUCACCCAGCGUGGUACAGGACGCGGCGGUGCCAGACUCCCAGACGGUCUAUCAGGGCCAAGUAGCGUCCUUCAAUGUGGUUAUCACCAAUACUGGCGGCUUCGAACUGUCAAACAUCGCUGUUGCCUCCCUUGAAGAUGCGGAAGCCGGAGAGGUAAGCAUUGCGGACUGCGCACGCGCCGCGGACAGCUUCGAGGCGCUCGCUGUGGGCUCAUCGACAGCGGCCUACACCUGCGGUACCACUACCGAAACCAGUUUUGUCCAGCGGGUCCAGGUUACCGCCGACGGAACGGCCACUGACACCGCAGGCGGGGCAAUUGCGAUCCAGGUAAGCAAUGACGACACCACCACAGUCUUUUACGGUACGGUGGCAGUCGGCAUCACCAUUACAGCCCAGUCCCCGGUAGUCCGCCUCGAACAAAACGGAACGUUCGACAUCACGGUCACUACGCCAACCGCAACCGGUCUGGACAACGUAACUGUUGCCGUGCGCAUAGACGGGCCUGGCGAAGGCCAGUCCACUGAUUCCGUGGACUGUUCCAAGAGCUAUCAAACGGUUGCGGCUGACGCCGAGGUUGAGCCCUAUGCCUGUUCAGAGGCAAUGUUCCAGGGUAUCAACACCAUCACUGCCACAGUGUCCGGUACGGUGCCGGGAACUGAAACCGUCCUGCAGGCGACGGACUCCACUCAGGUGGAGGCCAUUACUCCUGGUCUCUCAAUCGCAAUCACACCUGGUGAGCAAACGAUCCGCAGCGGCGCGACCGCGCAGCUUACUUUCACGAUAACUAACGGCGCCUCUGAUCUGACUGGCGUUACUGUGAUCGAUCCGGAUCCCAGCAACACUAUCGGAUUGGACCUGCAGAUCUGUGACACAGCUCUCGAUGCUAUCGGAGACCUUGCCGCCAAUCAGGAAAUUUCAAUCAUCUGUACGACGGCAAUUCUCGCGGAAGAAACGUCUUACGAGGCUGUUGCCGUAGGUACUGCUUCUGACAACAGCACCGAGCCGUCCGAUACUGCUAACGCUCUUGUGAAGAUUCUGUCCCCUAGUACCGCCAUUGGACUGGCGUACGAAGAAAGCGACACGCAGAUCAUUCGCUUGGUGGUGCAGACUCUCAAAGUCACCGAGACCAACGAUGGCGACUCCCCGCUCUCUGAUGUGACUGUAACAAUGGAUCCCACUGGCGUGGUCCUGACUCGCGAUUCCAAGCAAUAUGUCUCAGGAGACGCCAACAACGACGCUAUCCUGGAUCCCGGCGAAACGUGGGAAUGGCGUGUGGUGACGGUCGCUGUGGCCGGCGACGUGGUGUUGCUGCCUGCUAACGCCGAAACCCUGUUCAUCUCGGCUACGGGAUACGGCGUUGACCAGUUGGGCGGAGAGGUAACUAUCCCCGGCGACGUGGAUGAAUACGGCGAAGUCAACAUCCCCAUAGUCGCCAACUAG